AUCAACGUUAACAUCGGCGACAGUGUAAAAAUGGACAGCAAGCUGUGUGUUGCUCUAUUACGAUUUGCACGUAAAUCUACGGAUGAUUUUAGAAUUAAUAAGAACGGUCGUCACAAAUAAGGCCAGGAUGUACAAAUAAUACAGGUAUAUUGCAAAUUAUACCUCAUAUAAAAUUAUAUAUAGAGAAGUUUAUUCAGACGAGUUGGCAAACGGUGCGGUGCUGCGCUGAAGCAUUUGAAAUGUUUUGUCGCUGGAAAUGGGAUAUUAUAGAAUAUACUGGUUGGUAAAAUGGCAACUGUUGUACUGUCUAUUUCCCUCCUGGAUUCUGGUUUCGGGGCAGAUUCGUUACUCGAUUCCUGAAGAGCUACAACUGGGUGCCUUUGUUGGAAACAUCGCCGAGGAUUUGGGUUUAAAUGUGAAAGAGCUCUCACCUCGGAAUUUUCGAAUUGCGCCCGGUCCCAACAAAAGGUAUUUGGACGUAAAUUUAGACAAUGGGAUUUUGUUUGUGAAGGAGACAGUUGACCGAGAGCAGCUCUGUGGGUCGAGUCUCACUUGCCUGUUGUCUGUAGAGGCUGUGAUCGAGAGUCCUUUGAACGUCUAUCGAGUUGAGGUGGAGGUUUGGGAUAUAAAUGACAACGCUCCCCAUUUUCCAAAGAACGAAAUCCGCCUUGAAAUCUCUGAAGUGGCCGUACCGGGUGCGCGCUUCCCUCUCGAGUGCGCGCACGACCCUGACGUUGGAACCAAUUCCCUACAAAGCUACCGACUGCUUGGGAACCAGUACUUCGGCUUGGACAUUGAAACCCGCAAUGGGGACGAGAAGCUGCCGGUGCUGAUGCUCGAAAAGACACUAGAUCGAGAGAAAGAAUCAACCCACAGGUUGGAACUAAUUGCCAAGGAUGGUGGGAUCCCUCCGCGGUCCAGCAUUGCUCAAAUAAUAAUCACGGUGCAGGACGCCAAUGACAACUCUCCUGUCUUCUCUCAGUCGGUUUACAGGGUCAGUCUGAAUGAAAAUGUGCCCACAGGAACAGUGGUGCUCAAACUGAACGCAACUGAUUUGGACGAUGGUUCCAAUGGUGAGAUAGAAUAUUCUUUUACCAGUCAUACGUCAGCGACAGUGCGUGAGCUGUUUCAAUUGGACUCCAGAACCGGCGAGAUCAGAGUGAGAGGGAAUUUGAACUAUGAACAAAACAGUGCUUUUGAGAUCAAUGUUCAGGCAAUGGAUCGGGGUUCUGCGCCACUGCCAGUGUACUGUCACAUACACGUCGAUGUUAUCGAUGUGAAUGAUAACUCACCAGAGGUGUUAGUGACUUCUUUGUUCAGUCCAGUUCGUGAAGACGCUGUUCCCGGGACUGUGGUAGCUCUGAUCAGCACCACCGACAAAGACUCAGGAGAAAAUGGGCAGGUCCAUUGCCAAAUCCCAGAUAACAUUCCAUUUGAGUUGAAUUCGCCUUUAAAGAACUAUUACAAAUUGUUAACCCAGCAGGAACUGGAUCGGGAAACCGCCUCCAAGUACGACAUCAAUAUCCUCUGUAGUGAUUCAAGCUCGAACCCACUAUCUUCCAAGAAAACAUUGCGGGUGGAGGUCUCCGAUGUAAAUGACAACGCGCCACGCUUUAAACAGUCCAGGUAUACAGCCUAUGUGAUGGAGAACAAUGUUAUCGGAGGGUCAAUCUUUUCUGUGACAGCGUCUGAUCCGGAUGUUAACGAGAAUAGUCAAAUAUCUUACUCCAUUGCGACAAAACAGAUUCAAGACGAGCCAGUGACUAGCUACGUGCGUAUUAAUUCGAAGAACGGAGUCGUAUUUUCUCAGACAACAUUCGAUUAUGAAAAACUUAAAAACUUUCAGUUGCAAGUUCAGGCACAGGAUUCUGGAGUCCCAGCACUCAGCAGCAACGUUACAGUGGAUGUUGUUAUCCUUGACCAGAACGACAAUGCUCCAGUGAUUCUGCACCCACUACCUGAGUAUGAUUCAACAGCAAUAGAGACAAUGUCCCACUGGGCAGAACCAGGAUACCUGGUUACCAAGGUAUCUGCCAUUGAUGCUGACUCUGGUCAGAACUCUCGCCUAUCUUACCAGAUUAUUCAGACUACUGACCCUGGGCUUUUUACGAUUUCGCCAGAUACUGGCGAAAUCUGGACAGUCCGUAGAAUUGAGAGCAGAGAUUCAAUAAAACAGAGUUUAAUAAUUAUUAUAAAAGACAAUGGAACACCGCCACUUUCAGCGUCCAUGACGAUCAGUAUUUCGGUGGUGGAUGGGAAUGCACAGUUGCCUCCUGAUGCCGGAAGUUUAACUGAAGGUCCGGGGUUCCCUUCCGAUUUGAGUUUUUACUUGGUGAUAUUUUUAGCAAUAGUUUCGUCCAUUUUUCUGGUAGUUUUAAUCAUCCUCGCUGUGAAAGUGCACAAGAACAGAACUCGGCUUGGUGUUUACAACUGUGCCCUGGACGCUUGCUGCUGUUGUGAUUCAAGACAUUCAUUGAAUGGCAUUCAAAAGGCCAGCAGAAACAUUCAGAUACCUCCAAAUUAUGUGGAGGUAUUUGGAGGCGACCCUCUUUCUCAGAGUUUCCGCUACGAGACAUGUUCAACCUUAGGUUCAACUAAGCGGGACUCCGCCUUUUCAAAAGUGUGCACUACCUCUGCAUUGAAAUAUAAUGCCAGGAAUCAAUAUACUGAGAAAGGAAAAACUCCACACAUCUCACCUCCUGAAAAAUGUACAAACGCUGUAAUUAGUGAGGUAAAGCAACCGAAUGCUGACUGGCGUUUCUCACAGACUCACAGAGCUGAACUAAACAGUUCCCAGUAUCGGGAAGAGGAAGGAGUACAGCGUGAUAUACAGCAUGAAGCUCAGCGUGAGGUGCAGUGCGAUGUCCAGUGUGAAGCACCUCGUGAUGUCCAGUGCAAUGUGCCCCAUAACAUUCAACAUGAGGUUCAGCGUGACGUUCCUUGUGAAGUGCAGCGAGUGGUUGAGAAUGAACCUAGUGGAGCAAGGAAACCAGCAUGUGCAAGGCCUGUAGCCAUCCCUGCCGGUAGAGACGGGUGGACACUACCACGGACAGCUCCGCGAAUGCAGUUGCAGAUGACGCUAGGCCCUCACGUCCCAGGAACCUUGCGAAGUCAGUAUCUCAUCCCCCGAGAGCUACAUACGAGUGGAGCAUGUAUCAGUAAUUCAAGCGUGGAGUUCAUUGCACCCAUUGUUGGCAGCCUGCAUGGUCGAUGGGCUGCAAAUCAGACACGAGAUCAUAGAGGCAUCUCCAGUUCGAGUGGCAGGAGACCAGAGCUGGACACCCAGGCUUGCGGUCAAAUUCCCGGUUCACCAUCAGGCCAACGACUAUCUACACAACGUCUACAUUCCCGGGACGACCACCACUCUCUCCGGGAAGUCAACUACUGAACGUGAAGGGAGGAAGUCCUUCAUUACAUUCGGGAAGAAGAAGAAGAGUGGUAAAUAAAGUGAAGAAGAAACAAGACAGAAUUGAAUAUUAAUGGUGAGAAUUAUAAAAUGGAGCUGCAUGACUGAAGCACGUUUUUUAAAAAUAAAUUAGUAAAUGUCACUCAAAAAAAUUCACUGGACCAAAGCAGGUCCUUUGCUGCACUAAGUAUUAGUUUGAAGGGGAAUGGAGUUUUCUUUAAUUGGAUUUCCAGUGUGCGAGUUCACAAUGCUUCAGUAGUCCUCAAUGAAAUAAGGAUCAACUGCACCAACUGCAAAUGCUUUCUUGUUUAAGAUAGUCUGUGUGCUUAUAGGUGUGAACAUUUCUCUCCGAACAACCCACAGAUUAAGGUAACUGAGUCCAGGCUGUGUAGCUGUAAUAUCUUUGCCACAUGGUAUUUGGCAGGAAUGUUGUUACUUCAUCAAAUACCAUUGAACAACUAAAACUGGUUUCAGGCCAGUAUUACAACAUUUCUAUCAAUGGGCAUGAUCCUAAGCACUGGCUUGACAAAGGAAUGAUCUGAGGAAUACUCCCAACAUGUAUACAAUGCUCUGAUGAGACACAAGUCCCUCCACUCUUCAUGAGUCCUCUCAUGGUGGGCUUAUAAAUUCAGUUCUGACAUAGUGAUUGCUAGACCCUUGGCAGAAAUUGCAUGCACAUGGCCUUUCUUUGUCGUCUCUGUUUGAAGAGCAAGAGAUAAGAGAAUGUGCUGGAGGCCAUCAACAUCUGGGAUGCCUGUAACCAGAACUCCACAGACAGAUAGAAGAAACAGAUUUUUCUGAGUUUUUCAAUCAAUGAGGAGCGAGUCUGCAAAACCUUUGAACCAUGCAAUGCGGACUAUUGGCAUGGACCAUCUUUCUCCAUUUCAUAGCAUGCAAAGGCUGCAUACCAAGUUCUGGAACUGGAACUAGGGUAGGUGCAUGUUUGAUGACUGGCAUGGACAAAAUGGGCCAAAGGGCCUCUUUUCACACUAGAAAACACUAUGACUACACUUGUCAGCAACAGCAGAAAGAGAGAGAUACUCUAACUUAAGUCACUGAGAAAUUGUGCCUUCCCUGGAGAAAUGGAAGUUUGAUCUUCGCUCAUCACCAUGAUGGGGAAAAGUUAAGGAAAACAUUUAAAGAAAAUCCAUUCCCUUCAGUAAACAGGUGUUGCACAAUGCUAGCAGCCACAAUUUUAAUUCAGUCAACCAUUCAUUAUAUUGUGUCUCCAUUUAUUCAGUCCAAUAUGAUAAACAGCCUUAACAUAGAUUAAGGAAUACUUUAAGCGUCCAUUUCCUCAUUGUGCAUGUUAGCCACACUGAGGGUUAUCGCUUGCAUUACAUGUUCUGUAAUUUAUUCACUGUUUAACACCCCGUAUUUAGCUUAAGGAGGGGUGAAACAGGUCAGAAAAGAAACAAAAGGAAAAAAAACCAAGCGGAAAAGAAAAAUAUUUGCAAUAUGAUUUCCUCCAUUAGUUUGUUGAAUUGUAUGAGUUGUCAGUCAGAGCUAGCAGGUGGAGUACUAACCAGGAAUGGCAUCUGCCCAAGAACUUUGACAUUAUCUGUCCCAUUCCUUUGGAGUUCCACUUGAUCCUAAGCUGGCAGAAAUGGUGACUAUGGGCAUACACAAGCUCAUGGAUUUGAGUGCUAUUUCAUCUGCCUGAAAUAGAAAAUUUGAUGGGACAAGGCUUACUAAGAGGGAAAGAAUGAGCAGUAAGAGAGGAGGGAUGUAGAGCGCAAUGAAAUACCAAAAAAAAAGAUGCAGUUACAAAUGGAGCUAAGGUUAUCACCGAGAAAAGGGACCAAAA